UCUCUCUCCUUAAACCGUUCUCUUCCCACACAAAAAAGCACACACCAUUCACACACCUCACUCGCUUCCUUUUCCUUUUCCUUUUCCUUUCACAUUUCGCACACUCCCACUCUACUAUCUUCACUCUCCAAAACCGUUUCUCUCUCUCUCUCUCUGAUUCCACUCUAUGCAUCUAUGAACAUCUAUCUUCCCUUCAUUUCACCAUUCACUACCUCUUCAACACUACCUUCUUAACACUCUCACGCUCACGGUUUCUCUCUUGAGUAUUUUUGUAUUAUCAUUUUUCUCUGAUUAAAAAUAUCCUAUAAUAAUUUCUUCUCCAAAAUGGAAAAGAAACAGGGUUUCUUCUCAGCGCUCAAAGAAGAAGUGGUUCGCGGCCUCUCACCUUCGCGUUCUCGCUCUCGCUCAACCAGCCCGGCCCGAACCGGUUCACCAAUUUCCGGUAUAUUCACUAGAAAAAAACAUCACUCGAACCAAACCCCGGACUCUUCCCUCGCAAGAUCCGGGGGUUUGAGGCCGUUAGGCGAGACAUUAACGCCGUUAAUCGAGGGACCCGAUUCAGAUAACGGAGAUCCGAAGAGAAUCGGGUCGGGUUUAGGGAACUGGAUGAAAGACCAGCUGUCACGUGCUCCUUCGGUUUCGUACAAGAGGUCUGAUCUGAGACUUCUGUUGGGUGUAAUGGGUGCGCCGUUGGCACCUUUUCACGUCUCUUCCACUGACCCACUUCCUCAUCUUAGCAUCAAGGACACUCCAAUCGAAACUUCGUCUGCACAGUACAUAUUGCAGCAGUACAUAGCAGCCUCUGGGGGGCUGAAAUUGCAGAACUCUAUAAGAAAUGCAUAUGCAAUGGGGAAGGUUAAAAUGGUAGCUUCUGAAUUUGAAACUGCAACUAGGGUAGUGAAGAAUCGGAAUGCUUCUAGGUGUGCAGAGUCUGGUGGAUUUGUGCUCUGGCAGAUGAACCCUGACAUGUGGUAUGUAGAGCUUGCUGUUGGGGGAAGCAAGGUUCAUGCUGGCUGCAAUGGCAAGCUUGUUUGGAGGCACACUCCUUGGCUUGGUGCUCACACUGCAAAAGGACCCGUGAGGCCUUUGCGUCGUGCACUUCAGGGUCUUGACCCUAGAACCACUGCCAGCAUGUUUGCUGAUGCCAGAUGCAUAGGAGAGAAGAAUAUUAAUGGUGAGGAUUGCUUCAUCCUUAAGCUCUGUACUGAUCCUGAAACAUUGAAGUCUCGGAGCGAGGGUCCUGCCGAGAUCAUAAGGCAUGUCUUAUUUGGCUACUUUAGUCAGAAAACUGGACUUCUUGUUCACAUUGAGGAUUCUCACUUGACCCGCAUCCAAUCUAAUGGAGGCGAUGCUGUCUAUUGGGAAACCACAAUCAAUUCAUUCCUCGAUGAUUACAGGCCUGUGGAAGGGAUCAUGAUUGCCCACUCAGGGCACUCUGUCGUGACUCUUUUCAGGUUCGGUGAGAUGGCCAUGAGUCACACCAAAACCAAAAUGGAAGAAGCCUGGACAAUCGAAGAGGUUGCAUUCAAUGUUCCAGGUCUCUCGUUAGAUUGCUUCAUUCCCCCAGCCGAUUUGAAGACGGGUUCCAUCAGUGAAGCUUGUGAACUUCCUCAGGAUGAUAGAGGAAAUAACUCCCUCGCAAUACAUCGAACCAAAGUUGUUGCGCUGGAGAAAUCACACGAAUGCAGCAUUGAUAAGAUGAUAUGGAAGAUGGAAAUCUAACGAUGGGAGUAAGAUCGGUCAAUUCAUGGCAACUGUUCAUAGCAGUCAUUAGUUUUUGACUACUAACGUUUAGAUUUUAGAGUAGGGGUUAAUUUCAGUUGGUUCUUCGUGGAAGUUUGUUUAUGCCUCUAUAUAUAGUCUGUAAAUAGAGCGUAAAAAUUCACGGGUUUUAUGCAGACCAGAGUGAAUAUUUAUACUCGAUGCAGAAUCCGACUAUGGAGUUGGAGCUCGUUUUUCCACUUCGGAAUAGAGCAAAAUGGAGGUUGAAUUUUUAGUUUACCUUCCAUAAAUGAGGGAAGGUGGUGAAGCUUUGGUAUAGUAGACCCAUUAAACUUUUGUUACUUAGCAACUUAUCUAAAAGUUCAGUGUCGGUGGUAGUAAUAUUAAAGAGUCUGCCACUGACCAAAUUCAGGUUGACUCUAACAGCUUCUAUGUGGUGUAGAAGUUCAUUCUGUGUUUGAAAAUGUAAUGUAUCGAGGGUGUUUUUGAUAGCUGGGGUAAUAUAGGGUUACUGAGACAAUACUCAGUUUGCAUUGAUGUACCAACAUCUCUAAUAUCAGUAAUAUCUUUUGGUUUGUGUUAUGAUGCAAUUUUCUCAGUUCUCCUGAGAGAAUGAAACUGUCACAUAAUUAAUGGUCUUGACAGAUAUAUGCUAUCUCUGAUAAUUCUACUA